AUGAAGAAGUCAAAGCUGUUAUCCAUUGAUGCGUUUGCCAAGACGGAGGAAGACGUCCGUAUAAGGACCAGAACCGGUGGACUUAUCACGCUAUCGUGUGUUGUUGUCACCUUUCUUCUUUUGCUAAGCGAAUGGUUUCAUUUGAAGGAAGUCGUAACUCGGCCCCAGCUUGUGGUCGAUAGGGACCGUCAUCUUAAGCUAGAUUUGAACAUGGAUAUAACCUUCCCUCACAUUCCCUGCUACCUGCUGAACAUGGACAUCAUGGACAGCGCAGGAGAAAUGCAGCUCGAAGUUCUCAACAAAGGUUGGAGUAAGACUCGUCUUGAUCCAUCAGGCCAAGUCUUGGACACCAAGCAGUUCAAGCCAGGGAAAGAUGUGGUGGAUUACGCUCCAGAAGACGAAAACUAUUGCGGUCCGUGCUAUGGGGCCCGAGACCAAUCUAAGAAUGAUGAGGUGAACGUAGAUGAAAGGGUAUGCUGCCAGACGUGUGACGAUGUCCGCGAAGCGUACGCAGAAAAGCAAUGGGCCUUCUUUGAUGGUAAGAACAUUGAGCAGUGUGAACGCGAAGGGUAUGUCGAGCAGGUCAAUGAGCACAUAGAAGAGGGGUGCAGAAUUAAAGGUAUGGCGAAGCUGAAUAGAAUUGGGGGCAAUCUUCAUUUUGCUCCAGGCAAGGGUUUUCAUAAUAUUAGAGGCCAUUUCCACGAUGCCUCGUUGUACCAGAACUCUCCAAGCUUGAAUUUUAACCAUAUCAUUCACCAUCUCAGCUUUGGCAAAGAGGUUGAAGACAUUACUGGCCAAGGUGCGUCUACUGCGCCUUUAGACGGUACUAAUGUUAGCCCUGAAUUUGAUACGCAUAAACAUCAGUUCUCGUACUUUGCCAAGAUUGUUCCAACUAGGUACGAGUACCUAAGCGGGGAGACGGUUGAGACCACCCAAUUUACCACCACAUACCACUCGAGACCCUUGAAGGGCGGUCGCGACUCCGAUCAUCCCACAACACUCCACUCUCAGGGUGGCUUUCCCAGCGUUUACUUCUACUUUGAGAUGUCUCCGCUCAAGGUGAUAAACAAGCAGCAGUAUGCACAAUCGUGGUCUGGCUUCUGGCUCAACUGCAUUACAAGUAUUGGAGGUGUCCUAGCCGUAGGAACAGUUCUGGAUAAAAUUACCUAUAAAGCUCAGAGGUCUAUGUGGGGCAAGAAGAGCACCUAA